AUGCCGAGUCCUCAACGGAAUGUGGCAGACCAGUGGGGGAUGGGCCGAAUCGAUCGAGACGAUGCCGUUGAGGCUAUGCUUCGCUACGCCGACUCCGGCCUCUCCACCUUCGACAUGGCCGAUCACUAUGGGCCUGCAGAAGAUCUUUAUGGUAUCUUCAUCAAUAGAGUUCGUCGAGAGCGCCCACCCGAAUUCUUGGAGAAGAUAAGAGGUCUUACUAAAUGGGUGCCUCCACCUGUUAAGAUGACAAGUAGCUAUGUCCGGGAGAGUAUUAAUGUUUCUCGGAAGAGAAUGGAUGUGGCUUCCUUGGAUAUGCUUCAGUUUCAUUGGUGGGAUUACUCAAAUACUGGUUACCUUGAUGCACUAAAACACCUUACAGAUCUGAAAGAAGAAGGUAAAAUCAAGACUGUUGCCUUAACAAAUUUCGAUACAGAAAGAUUGCAAAUAAUCCUAGAAAACAAGAUUCCCAUUGUGAGCAAUCAGGUGCAACAUUCAAUUGUUGAUAUGCGUCCUCAACAGAAAAUGGCGGAGCUUUGUCAGCUUACAGGAGUCAAACUUAUAACGUAUGGAACAGUAAUGGGUGGUUUGUUAUCUGAGAAGUUCCUUGACACCAACUUGUCCAUUCCUUUUGCUGGCCCUUCAUUAAACACACCCUCCCUCCAAAAGUAUAAAAGGAUGGUUGAUGCCUGGGGAGGAUGGAGCCAGUUCCAAGUACUGCUUCAAACACUUAAAAAAGUAGCUUCUAAACAUGGGGUCUCAAUCCCAACUGUUGCCGUGAAAUAUAUACUAGAUCAGCCAGCAGUGGCGGGAUCGAUGAUAGGUGUUAGACUUGGGCUGUCAGACCAUAUUCAGGAGUCAAAUGCUGUCUUUUCUCUCGUUCUUGACAAUGAUGAUGUAAACAGCAUACAAGAAAUCUCGAAAAAAGGGAAAGAUCUUCUUAGAGUGAUUGGUGAUUGUGGAGAUGAAUAUAGGCGUUGAGACUUAGAAUCGCUUGUCCUCGUGAGCUUUUUUUUUUCUUAAGAAAUGAUCCUACAAAUACUUGAACCCCCUUCUACCUUUUCCGUUUGGCUCUCAAAAAUAAUAAUAAUAAUAAUAACAGUAUAAUGUAUGAGCUUCGAAGUUAUUGAGUAGAACAUGGGCGUAUAAAGAGUA